AUGCCAGCAUCAUUUGAAUGUGUUUGCUGCUCUGAAAGGCCACAAAUUGAAGAAAAAAUUAAGUUACUUGAAGACACAGUUCAAAGCGUAACUGACCAUCCAGGUUUUGAAGCUGUUUGCUUGAAUGUCUGGGUUUUACAAGCAGCAUAUUUUCAGUAUGGGCAAGAUUAUGUUACUACUAUGAUACCAGCAGCUAUUAAAAUGCGUUAUCGAUAUGUGGCAUAUUGUCAGUUUGUUCGAUGGAUAAUGGGUUGGCUAGGGAAAGAUAUUAGAAUCACUUUGCCGUCUUGUGUGGUAAUAAAGAUUAGAGAAGAAUUCCCUUCAUCUACUUACAAAGGGUUUGAAUAUCCUGACUUAUAA